GCACAGCGGCCGAACCCCGAGCGGAGCGGAGCGGAGGGUGAGCGGGGAAGGCGGCGCGCGGCGCGGGGUCGGGCGGGGGCGGCUCCGGGCGUUCCGCUGCGCCGGGACGGCGGUGGGGCCGCGGCCCGGGGUUGGGACGGAGCGGAGCGGGGGGAGUCCGGGCCGCGGGGAGGGCCGAGGCCGAGGCGGUGUCACAGCGGCGCUCCGGGGGCGGCCCGGCCCUCGUCCCGCCGGGCGGCCGUCCGCUCUGCGCUCGGGGCUGCCGGCCCGGCCCCGGACAUCCAUCUUGAGAGCGGCGCCGCGGCCGAGCGGCCGUGCCGGGGCGGGGGGUGAGGCUGAGGCCGCCGGCGGAGCGUCCCGGCCCGGCCCCGGAGCGGGAGGACGGAGUAACCGGAGUUGUGCGGUGCCCGCUGCGGGCAGUGGCCUCGUAAGGAGCCUGGAAAACCCUUCAGUAGUGCUGUUAACACUGAUGAGAGAUCUUGUAUGCCAAGGUUGCUGGGACCUGAGCAGCCCGCGCCAUGCGUGAGUACAAGCUAGUGGUCCUUGGCUCCGGAGGUGUGGGCAAGUCUGCCUUGACUGUACAGUUUGUUCAGGGAAUUUUUGUUGAAAAAUAUGACCCAACAAUAGAAGAUUCAUACAGAAAGCAAGUGGAAGUAGACUGUCAACAGUGUAUGCUUGAAAUCCUGGAUACAGCAGGGACAGAGCAAUUUACAGCAAUGAGGGAUCUCUAUAUGAAGAACGGCCAAGGGUUUGCACUAGUAUAUUCAAUAACAGCACAGUCCACGUUUAACGACCUACAGGACCUGCGGGAACAGAUCUUACGGGUGAAGGACACUGAAGAUGUUCCGAUGAUUCUGGUUGGCAAUAAAUGUGACCUGGAGGAAGAACGCGUAGUCGGCAAAGAACAGGGUCAGAACUUAGCAAGACAGUGGUGUAACUGUGCCUUUCUAGAAUCGUCUGCAAAGUCUAAAAUCAAUGUUAAUGAGAUCUUUUAUGACCUGGUCAGACAGAUAAAUAGAAAAACACCAGUGGAAAAGAAGAAGCCUAAAAAGAAAUCCUGCCUGCUGCUUUAGACUCCCAUGGCGCAGCAGCUCUGAGCCAGAUUGCAGGAAUGAAGAACUGUUGCCUAAAUGGAAAGUGCCAGCGUUCCCAACGUCACCACCUUACAGAAAUUAGUGACAUAUCUGAAGGAGCUUCUCCUGUUUUUUGUAUCCGACGAGAAGAAUUUAGAUCUUAAAAUGGUUUGCACACCACUGCAUCCCCGGAAAAAGAAAUUGCUCUGUGUAUCUCUUGGAAAUUUAAGACAAUAGCAUUUCUCCUUUGCAAUAGCAGUUAACAGAUGUGAAGAAUAAAUAUAAUUGACUCUAGUGUAUGAUUAUACAAAGGAGCAUGGAUGCAUUUCAAAUGUUAGACAUUGCUACUAUCAUUACGAUUCAUAUUGACCCCCAUAUCGUAAUUUCUCCCCGUCGAGCACUAAAAAUGUCCCACCAUCCUAUUUUAUAUCUGUAACUAUAGAUAUAUAUUAUCUGAGGUUUCCCUUCGAACUCACUGCAGCAAAUAACUUUUUUGAGUCGUUGACUUCAUUUUAUAUUUAAGAGUUACAGAAUAUCAUUAUUUUCAUUCUGCCAUUAUAUUCUAAUUAAAAAUGUUUGUGCAUAAAGCUUUGGAAAAAUGGGUCUUUUAUAGGAAAAAAAAAAACUGGGAUAACUGAUUUCUAUGGCUUUAAAAGCAAAUAUAUAUAAUAUACUAAACCAACUCUAAUAUUGCUUCUUGUGUUUUACUGUCACAGAUUAAAUUACAGCUUUUAUGAAUGAUUAAAUUUUAGUACAUUUUCA